GCUCACCUCUGGUUUUGUUCUAAGAGAGCGCAGGUCCUUUUCGCAAUGUCGCGCAUCAGAAUGUUUUUGUUCCAAGAAUGUUGUCUUUUGCCCAAAAACCUCCUAGCUGCGCCUCGAAGACAGGAGUAGCGAAAAUAAAUUCCAACUUACAAUGUAGACAACUGCUGCAAACAAAAUGAGUAGUCGCGAUCUCCAAUCCCGGGGCAGUUCGCGGCCGUCUUCCAGCAAGUCGACGGGGACAAAGGCCAGCACCUCGAACCAGAGCGGGCGGCAGUCGGAGCCGAAGGUACUGAAAGGCAAGGACCUGGAAGCGUUUAAAAUUCGGACCGCCUACGCAAACGGGACUUUUUUUGUGUACGGUGCGUGGCAGAACAACGACGUUUUCCGCGCGCUGCUCGACCGGGUUCCAGACAAGGAAAUGGCGCUGUUACUAUCAGAAAACGUCUACGGGCCGUACAGCAUACGAGACACCAACGAAUGCGCGUUAUCGCCGGUGUACGUGCCGUUCACCAGCCCGUCACCGGAGGAUCAGGUCGUGCUUGGGCAGAUGGUGAAUGGUAUAGAGGUUAUUGUAAGCAUGAUCAAGAGUUUGUUCUUGACAAGCAUCCCGAUCUGAAUUGACUAAAUUGAAAUCACGAUGUAAAUCACGAUGCUACGAUGAUGAUUCAAAAUGAGGUCUCAUGCAAAUCACGAUGUUCAUGAGAAGGAACAAAAAUGAAGUUCACUCUAAUCCCGCACUGUAUACUAGUGACGAUCAACGAUUGUUGAUCUGAUAUUUUUCAUAAAUUUAGGGUGAUUAGAACAAAUUUGAACUUUCAUGUUUUACCCCCUUGACUGAGAACUCAAAAUUUGUGUGUUGUUUGGAACGCUAAAUUUUUCCCCACAGGCUGCGACGAUAGUCACCAUAGAUUGAUUGCGACUAAGAAACACUGAAUCCCACCUAGAUUCUGCUUGACAUGCAAGAUGGCCAGUGUUCACACCGCCCGCGUUUCUUCGUCGUUGAUUGUCUUCACACCGUGAAAAUUCGGUUGACAUUCUAACGGCACAGCCUUGAGCGCUGACACCAAGACACGACCAGUGCCAACACGACAACAACUACCAAGCCUGGUCCCCCCGCAACACGACAACACCUACCAAGCCAGGACCAGAACCAAACCACCAACCACACCAAGACCCGCAGGAAGGUACUAAAAGCACGAAGAAAAAUAAAGAAAAUUUUGAAUUUUUGGUAGUGUUUUUGAAUAGAAUUUUUGUUUGAAUUUGAACUAAAAAUUUAGGCAAAAUAACCCCCAGCCACCGAGUUCAAAUCAACCAACAGUGGUGAUUUGCUGCCGUGAUAUCAAUUGCUGAUACACGGUCAGAGGCUGUUUGAAAGUAAGAGAGAAUUUGUAAUCAUACACCUACACAGGUGCAAGAGAGACAAAGCGACCAAAGGUGCGCGCUACGAAGCCCGUAACCUUUGCCGAAGCAUCGAGCGAGGAACAAGACAGGUACUAAAAUUGUACUUAUUUUCGGUCUGUUUUCUAAAAUCAUUGGAAAUUUUGAAUGCGAGCACACAUGGCAAGAGCACAAAAAUCGCAUGUUAAUCCUCCCCAACAAAAACUAUUACAGUUUUGGGCGGCGGAUUUAACGUACCGAGCAGCAGGCCGGUACAAGAGCAAGGACCCGACAGCAGGCCACGAAAAAGGUACUGAAUUACAUCGGUUUUUGAAAAUAGAAGUCUAAGCGUAAUUCUGAUUUUGUCUGUAAUUGCAUCGUGAAUUCAACAAGAUGAUCGCAUUUGAAAUGCUGAAUACCAUCUGAAUUCGAUUGCAAAUUUCUUGUACAGGUAGCCGCCUACGCGUGUACCGAGUACAACAGACGACACAACCGCGACGCGCGUGCUCAUCGUGAAAAGAUGGGGGCGCCGGGUGAUGACCAUCGUCCGAGCACUUCCGGCACCGUCGGAAUGCUGUACGACGCGGAACACGAGGGAGAAACUGGAAAGGACUUCCAGACGUUCAAGGGUAGCGUGAUCGCUCAGGCGUUCUCGUUGAACAUCGGUCCCCAGUUCAAAGAGGACUUAGAAGGAAAAGUCUGCAUGGACAAGUGGGAUGAGGUCGAUCAGUUAGCCUGCGACCAGUGGGUUGCUGACGGCAAACACGAAAACGACUUCUGGCCCACCUACACAACCGAAGUGCGCUCAGCUUACGCGAAGUUGUAUGGUACAGUAUUCAAAUCCUUAACCGGAAAGGCCCGAGCCAAAGCUCAGGACAUUCAGGAAGAGCCCGGGGCUGACGCGUGUGUAGUCUGGUUGAUGCUUCAGAUCAAGGAAAAGGCUAACCCGCAGACCGCCGGUGCCCGCCGCAUGUUGAUCAAGGAAUAUUUCAACAGCAAGCAGGGUGAAGAUGAAACCGUGGAAGAACAUAUUGACAAACUGAAGAACUUCUGGAAUUUCAAACUGGGCGCUAAAGUUACGGCCGAAGAGUUACGCUAUCACUGUAUCUUCGGGAACAUGCGCGAGGAAUUCGAUGAGUGCAACAAGCGUGCCUUGGCUAAUGGAUUCAGUUUCGAAGAAACCAAGAAUCAUAUGGUCGAGGAAGAACGCGCUCUGUCUAGCAACGGAGAGACCACGAAGCACAAAGCUAAUCUGGUCCGCAACAAGAAUUCUCGCAACCAGCAUGGCCCGCGCCCGGAUCACGUUCAGAAGAACCGUGAGAAGCAGAUGUUCUCCAAUAUGUUGAAGAAAGAGAUGCCGAGUCUGAUCCAGCAAGCCGCUGCGAAUCUGAUCGCGCAAAAUCCGAACUUGACCCAGAAUCACACUGCUGGUAGCAAUGACGACAGUCAUGCGGCCAAUUACGCAGGAGAUUCCAAGUGGUGUUCGAAUUGCAAUUCGGAAUCCCACAACACCAAGGAUUGCUGGUACAAAAACGGCAAUAAGGUCAAUAACAAGUCUUCCAAUAAGAAUUCCGGUAAGGGUAACAACACGAAUACUGUUCGCAAGGGCAACGACAAGCCGAAGGGUGGAGGUAAGAAAGGAAAAGGAAAGAAGGGUAGGAAAUACUGAGUCUUAGAUGGUGUUUCGAAGAAAAGUAGCUUGUUACACAAACUACAAAAAGUAAGAAAACUAUUCUUACGGCUGACGAAAACUCGAUGUUAUAAUACAAAUUAUUCGCGAUGUUUUUCAACUAAAUUUUUAACAAAAAUACCCCCCCAAAAGAACCCCCCACAAAAAGAACAACCACCUGGUGAUGAACCACCAGUGACUACAAGUCAUUUUGAAGAAGAUGAAUGUGUGUUCGACAGCAAGCUUGACAUCUUCAAUCCAGAUUCUUCAUCAUUAAUCGAUAUGGAUGAUUUAUUCUCGAAUCUCGAUAAGAAUGAAGAUGAAAUUUGUACCAAUGAUGCAGCUGGUCCAACGAGACAGCUGAAAGGAAAACGAAAAAGAGCAGAGCUGGAGCUUGCUGAGCAAUUUGCAACCCCAGAGAUGGCAAAUAUGACACAACAAGUCCAGGCUCUUGAGUCGACCGAUCGCGAAAUCCGUAAGAUUUUAUUUCCUCGAUCUCAUGUUUCGGAUGCGUCCAAAGCCGAACGAGUUGAGAAAUGCAAUCUGUCACAAGAUGCAGUAUUUUCAAUCGUAGCAAAAGAAAGCGAGCAAAAUCAUUCGCCCGAGUACACAGCAAGAAAGCUAGCACACCUCUACAGCGUUCGCGAAUCAGCAUUGAGGAAGGUGCGCGAGGCGAACGAUGCUCAUCGGAAUAAAAAGGACGAGCAGCACCGAAAUCAUGAAACAGCUUUUAAUUGUGUCGAUGAUGCAAUUUGCGACAGUGGCGCAACAAGUCACAUGUCGGGCCGACCAGAGAUUUUCGAAUCUUGGGACGACAGUAAUCCAGUGCGAAUAACUGUAGCAGACGGAAAAGAGUUGGAUGGCCCUGGAUAUUUUGGCACAUUGAAACCAAACGCACUUGGUUGCAAGCGUGCAAUAUUCCAUCCAUUCCUUCCACAGACCCUCCUCAGUGUCGAGCAACUGAAGAAAGAAGGCUAUAGAGUUGUUUUCGACGAAGGGGGCAACUACUUGCAAAGUAGGAAGACAGGAAAGAGAAUUUUUCUUCACAAAGGGAUCGGAACCAAGCUGCCGGCCGUGGCACUUGGGUUCAACGAAGAUCCAGGUGAAAAGGGUUUGUUGUGCGAAGAGAUCGAGACAGAGUCCACUAUGAUGACAAAGGCUGAGAAAAUGCUUCUUGAUCAUCAGCGUGCUGGACAUCGUAGUCUACCAGGAAUAGUAGUCCGAUGUCCUGCCUGCGAUCUCGCGAAAAGCAAAGGCGCGCAACAUGCAAAAGCGAAGAAAGAAUGCUACAAAGUUGAAAAAUUCAAUGACCAAGUUGAUUUUGACUUUACUGGACCGUGGGAACCUGACUACUGGUCGCAAAGAUGGGUGCUAAAUGCCAUCGAUCAAGCAACCAGCUGGCCUCGUUCUUUCAUCUGCAAAAGCAAAGCAGAAGCAGGCGCAAAGCUGCAGGUCUGGAUAAAUGAAGAGGGACCACCGAAAAGAGUGAGAUCCGACAAUGCCAAAGAGUUCAAGGAACCAGGUAGCACUUGGAAAAAGACAGCACAGAAACAGUCCCCGCCGAUUCAUACUGACUACUCAGCUCCAUACGAACCACAAGAAAAUGGAAAAGUUGAAAGAUACAAUCAAACUCACCAGAACGGAGUGAGGGCAAUGAUGGUCGGAGUCGAUAAGCGUAUGUGGAGUUAUGCAGCACGCACUUUCUCCCACAUAUUCGCCCGAACCCCUACAGCCAAAGGAGGCGAGUCGCCAUUUGAAAAACGCUUCAAAAGAAAACCUUCCAUCAAGUAUUUCCGACGUUUCGGAUGCUUGGUAUACGCGAAGGAUCACUCACAGAAGUCGAAGCUUGAAGACCGGUUUACCCGUGGAAUCUUUCUAGGCUACGCCCAAGAAAAUUCUACAUACCUGGUAGGCAUGUGGUCCGCAGAUGGUCGAUGUAAGAAAAGCUCCAAAAUCCGCUUCGGAGUCCACGAGGUGAAGUGUUGUAAGUUUGAUGAAUCAGUGCUGGUCAGCAAGAUAGAUGAUCUGAAGCCGGACGCUGACAAGUUGUUAAUUGAUUUUCCGAAUCCGGCGCGUCUGGGUGAUAGUUCGCAGCUCGUAGAGCCGAAUGUGCCCGCUGUAGAUCAUGAUCAAAGCAGUCGUGGUCAGGACGCUCCGAGGACCGAUCGUUCGAAAGAUGAAGAAGAUGCGGACAAACGCAGUUCGAAGGAAAAAGAAACCGUCGAAAACGACGAGGGCAAGAGUUUCGAAGGGGGUGAGCAACCUGAGGAAGGGGGCGAGGAAAAUCAAAACCCUAAUCAGGAUUGGCUCGAUUUGUUUUCAGAGGAGGCGCCUGAAAAAUCCCCGAAGCAGAAAAAGAAAGCUGAGAAUGGAAAUCGAAAAAGAAAGUCUAAUACAGUUGAUGCUGAUGAAAAAGAGAACGAGACACAAGAAGCGCCUAGGAUCCUCGUUGAAGGACCUACACGAAAGAAACUUCGCAAGAAGGGCCGAGGGCAUGACAAGAAAAAGCGCAAAGAACGCAACGACAAAGGCCAAAGUCGUGGCCCUCGAGCAAAGAAAAGGCAGAAAGUCAAUCUUGUGUCGUCAUCUGACCUUUUGAAAGAUCUUCCGAUGGAAUUUGAAAAAGAAGCAGAAGCUAUAUUCCAGAUUCGUCAUGAAUUAGAGGAGGACGAAACUCCUUACCUCUUUGGCUUGCAGCACACUUGGGCCAAGUGUCUGGAAAGUCCUGACGCAAUCAAAUGGAUCGAGUCAGAUACGAAAGAACGCCUAGCGCUAGAAGAAGCAAAAACGUGGAGGCAUGCAACCGCAGAAGACAUCAAAGAGAUGGGUGAUAAGUUAGAGAUUAUCCCGACGGUAUGCAUCUACACGAAGAAGAGAGACGGACGCUACAAGUGUCGUCUCGUAGCACUAGGAAACAGGCAAAAGCUAUCUCUUCAAGGAGAAAUAUACAGCCCAACUGUGAGCCAUGCCGCUAACAGGUAUUUACUUGUUGAAGCAGCAGCACGCGGAUGGAAAGUUAGACAGUUCGAUAUUUCAAAUGCGUUUGUGCGUGCAGCUCUAGGUGACGAGAUCGCGUUAUGUCGCCUGCCCAAGCACAACAGCUGGAGCAAGAACAAAGAAAAAGGCGAUGUUGUCAGGCUGUUAAAGUCGUUAUACGGUCUGAAGAUCAGCCCACGCCGCUGGUAUGACGAAUAUUCCGGCAGACUCAAGAAGUUAGGCUGGGUUGUAUCCGAACACGAACCAGGUUUGUUCAAGAAGUUUGCAAAAGACAAACAGGGAAAAGAGCAAGAGCUCUGGCUAGCAGUUUACGUAGAUGACAACAUUAUCUCAGGCGAAGAUGAUGACCUUGUCGCUGCAGAAAUGAAUGCAAUUUUAGCAGAGUUCCCAGGAAAAGAAAUUCUCGCAGAAUAUGACAAGGAAGGCAAUGAGAUCCGCGACCUUCUCGGCGCAAAGUUGACCUUCAACGCGAAAAAGAGAGUCAUGAAAAUCACUUGCGAAGACGCAAUUGAUAAGCUGCUUGAGAAAUUUCACAUGAAGGACUGCCGCGCAGUAGUUUCCCCAUGUUUACCAAAUUCCCACGCAGACUUGGACUCGCCGUCGAAUUCCACAUUUCCGAUAAGAUCGCUAGUAGGCGGAAUGUUGUAUAUCAGUUGCGUUGCCCGGCCUGAUAUCGCAUUCGCAGUACAAAGAGUAGCGACGCAGGUAGCUAGUCCAACCGACCAAACGGUAAAAGAUGCUAAGCGUAUUCUGGCGUAUUUGAAAGGAACCAAAUCGCAAGGAUUGGAAUACAGCAAGCAGCAAGAGAAAAAGUUCAAAGAAAUCUACACAAAAGCCGCAGAGCUAGAAAACAAGGAAUACAGAGACACUAUUGCUUUCUGCGAUGCAGAUUUUGCAGGAUGUUCUGUAAGUUUUCGAUCCACGUCAGGAACAAUCCUAUAUCGACGCGGAGUUCCCAUCUGUUGGAAGUCGAAACGUCAAUCGAUUCGAGCUACGUCAACAAUGGAAGCCGAGUAUUGCGCGAUGUAUGACUGUGUAAGGAUGACUAUGGACCAAGGAUAUUUGAACUGGUUUUCAGAACAAGAGUCAGGAUCUCUACCGUUGAUCUUCAACGACAACAAGUCCGCGCUUGCGUUGAGUCAGACAACCGUAGCCACGAAAAGAUCCAAGCACAUGAGUCUUCGACUACACCUAGUACGAGACUACGUAAAAGACUUGUGCUAUGUAAACACGGAUAUCAAUCUAGCGGAUGGAUUGACCAAACCACUUCCAGGAGAGAAGUAUAUCCAAAUCUUCAAAGCUCCCGCACGAAAAGCUAAUGAAGUAUUUGCGAAAGCCCACUUUGUUGACUUCAAUAAUCUCUAGGAUUGAUUGAUGCGAAUUUCACACAAAGUCAUCUCAUCUGAUUCACUUCGAUGAUUUAAUGUUCAUUCGGAAGGGGGAAUGUUAGGCAAGAUAUGAAAUCCACCAGGAUCAUAAGCCAAGCAAAUUCCCUACGACCUAAAUUGAAUGCUCAUUGAAAUCAGGCUCUAAAUUUGUCGUUCAAAUUUGGAUCCAAUGUGAAAUCAGCAUGUUCAUACAAAUGAACCAAAAAUGAAGUUCAUUCUAAACCCACACUGUAAGCUAGUGAUGAUCAACGAUGGUUGAUCGGAUUUCUCAUAAAUUUAGGGUGAUUAGAACAAAUUUGAACUUUCAUGUUUACCCCCUUGACUGAGACGUCAGAAAUUGUGUGUUGUUUGGAACCCUAAAUUUUUCCCCACAGGCUGUGACGAUAGUCACCAUAGAUUGAUUGCGACUAAGAAACACUGAAUCCCACCUAGAUUCUGCUUGACAUGCAAGAUGGCCAGUGUUCACACCGCCCGCGUUUCUUCGUCGUUGAUUGUCUUCACACCGUAAAAAUUCGGUUGACAGUUAUAAUUUUGGGUUUUGUUGUUCUCUCGCAAGUUUGCAGGGAUUCAGGAGAUGGUAUGCAAUGGAGACUGUUUUCAUCAACGCAUCAAAUUGAAAACCCAGGCCUGACCGCCCGCGAGCUUUCCCUGUUUACCUCCGCGGUAGACGACCAUUUCACGAUAAAAGUAGUCGAGGUCGAGCGGAUCUCCGACGCGAGCUCGGUCAUAUCCUGUGUAAAAACGUCCCCACACCAGAGUCAGGAUGGGGAUUUUGCAACACAAACCUAGGAGUUUUGGGAGUCACGCAUGACAAAUUGCACUCCGCAGUGUAGUGCUGGUUAGCAAGUGCAGCCGCGUCACAGAUUCAUCUGCUCAUCCUGUUCACAGCAUCACAAAUUCCAAAACACGGCUGAAAAUGGCUCUCAUGGGGAUGCGCAAUACAAGUCUUCCUGUCUUUGCAAAUCUGCAUUACAACUCUGGUUUGGGUACGCUUUUACUCAGGAUAGGUCACCACGGUGACCUACUGCUACCGCGAGGAGUUCGUGUUGCCCAUGCUCCUGCCCGUGAUAUCAAAUGCAAAAAUGUCUGGGUCUGGAAGAUUGCGAGAUUUGUCAUGCUUGUCUGGCAUGACCAAAAAGUUUGUGAUGCGUGUCCAAGAAGAGACCCUUUUGCCUGUCAUGCAAAAACGCAGUUUGUCAUUCGAAAAACGCAACACAAAGAAGCGCAGACAUUUCUCAUGCUUGCCUGUGCAUUACAGAGCAUUCACUAUUCCCAACGCAGCAUUACAAGUUUCCAGACCCAGACAUAUUUGCAGUUGAUACGUGAAGUGGCAGUAUGAAACGCAUUUCGCUUGCACGCCGGAGCUCGUGGAAAAGGCGUGCACGUACGCGAAGGAGAUAAGAUUGGAAUUCGCGCUGACGUACGAUGUGCACCGGGAAUACGACGAGGAGGACAUCAGGGAGGCCGUCCGUUUGAUUCAGUUUAAGAAAGAAACGAACAAAAACUACAUGGGCCAGGCCUUUGUCGAUCGGACACCAACUGUGGUCAAGUAUGACGACUUUUAGUAGAAACGAGAUGCAAGCGGCAUACGACCUGCAUGUGAUCGUAAUAAUGCUAUUUGCGCAGGAACAACAUCAGGAAGAACAAAAGCUACCAACACGAG